GCGUCUGCAGCAGCACACUCUUGACAAAAGAUAAGAGCGUCCACAACAACGCUUUAGCUGAACGCGCCGUGAUGAAUGACCACAAGAUUGAUUGAGACAACGCAAGGAGCGUCACAACAGAAAAUAUGACAGCAUCUCGGCUACAUAUGGAAUCGCUUAUCAUACAGACCACUUGUAAAAGAGUUAAUCUCAACAACAAAAAUCUGAAUGUGAUCAAUGCGAGGUCUUUGCAGCGAUUUCUCAAACCUAUUUAAAUGAACCGCUUCUGCUGAUGCAUUCAUUGUCAACAAGGCUUCCUUGCUGGACGCUGAGACGUGAUAAACAUUUGUUUGGUCUGGUCGGCAUCUCUUUUUUUUCGAAUGCACGGUGCCGGCCACACGGGAUUCCUUCAUGCUGUCGACUUCCAUGUCAACACAUAGCGCAUGUGCUACACAAAUCAAGAAAAAAGAGUGCACAAACUGCAACGGAAGGUUGACCAGCCUAACGGUUGGAUGCUCUCAAGGGCCGCCUCAAAAAAGGACUUUCAUUUGGUUCAGUGGUCCACCAUCGCAAUAUGGUGGACAGAUGCCCGCGUGCAUAGGAGCUUCCUGGGAACGAACCAUUUUGCAGCAGAAGGUGGCCAGAAGCCUGCACAGCAGCCAUUGUCCCCACACAAAGUGGAAGCAUAGAGAGUCUCUUCCAGGCACUACAGUGCUGCCCAAAGCCCUUCGGAAGAGGAAGCGAAACAGGUCGCCCAGAACACCAGGCUUUUGGCUGUCCCAGAAGACAUCCAAGUUGAGGCGAGGGCAGAAAAAAUAA